CGACCAUAGGGCGUGAUGAGCAAGUACGACACGGUUGUCGUCAACGGAGUGGUGGUCACUGCCGCUGACAUCGGGGCGUAUGCAAUUGCCAUCAAAGAUGGCAAAGUAGUCGCUCUGUUAGCAGGUAUUUCUCCGGACGACCUCGAGGGGGCGGUGGUCAUAGAUGCAGAAGGCGGUUUGGUUACUCCCGGCGGCGUCGAUGCUCACGUACACAUCGCCCAGGGUCAAAAUACCAGACCGGAUUCCGGCUCGCCAGGUGCCGUAUGUGCGGACGACUUCGAGACCGGUUCUCGCGCUGCCGUUGCAGGGGGAACGACCACCAUGAUCCCGUUCGCUGUCCAGACGCGCAACGAUAAGAGCAUGCUGGCCGUCGUCAAUGCGUAUAGCAAGAAAGCCCAAGCUUCGGGAAGUUACAUCGAUUACGGUUUCCACGUCAUUUGCACUCGCGCGGACAAGGAGGUUAUGAAGGAUGAGAUGCCUGUCUUGGUCAAGGAUUGGGGUAUCACGAGUGUCAAGCUGUUCAUGACGUAUGAAGCGAUGCGACUCAGCGAUUCCCAACUCCUCGAUGUCAUGCUUGAAGCCAAGAAGAACCGUAUAACGACGAUGAUCCAUGCCGAAAAUGGCGACCUCAUUAGCUGGUUGACAGAAAAGCUCACAGAGAAAGGCUACAUCGAGCCGUUUUAUCAUGCCCAAUCGCGGCCCCCAAUUGUUGAAGGCGAGGCGACCAACAGAGCCGUCGUUCUCGCCGAACUGGUCCAGAACCCUAUACUCUUCGUCCACGUCUCAGCAGCUUCCGCGGCGGAGGUGAUCCGCAACGCUCAGACGCGCGGUUUGCCCGUAUACGCGGAGACAUGCCCUCAAUACCUCCAUCUCACGUGGCAGGACCUGCGCCGGUUCCACGACCCGAGCUGCUUCGAAAAUUCGAAAAUGAUCUGCUCGCCGCCGCCAGGACCCGACGGGUCGGACCAGGAAGCACUCUGGACGGGAUUGCACAACGGCACCUUCACGAUCUUCUCUUCGGACCACUGCCCGUUCAGGUACGAUGACGAACGCGGGAAGAUGCGCGGCGUACUCGAUCACUCGGAGAGCGUCGCGGGGGAGGAUGUUGCCCACGCAUGCGCACACGGAAAUCUAACACAGCUUGCAAAGGGGAAGACGGGACAUUUUGCGUACAUACCGAACGGAUGUCCUGGUAUCGAAACGCGUGUGCCGUUGUUGUUCAACUAUGGUGUCCUGAAGGGACGCAUCACUCCCCAGAAGUUCGUCGAGGUCACGGCAACGAAUCCUGCGAAGUUGUAUGGUCUGUAUCCUAAGAAAGGCGCGUUGUUGCCCGGUCUAUCCGACGCCGACCUCGUCAUAUGGUACCCGGAGGGCAGACUGCCACCCUUCAAACUCACGAAUGACCGGCUCCAUCACAACGUGGACUACACGCCAUUCGAGGGCAUGGAAUUCACCAACUGGCCGCGAUACACCCUUCUUCGGGGGAAGGUGAUGUGGGAGAACGGCGAGCUCGUCGGCACACCUCGCGAUGGCCAGUUCUUGCGCAGGGGCCCGUCCCUCUUCGCUGACCGGUUUUCGGCUCGGGGGACAGAUCCCAGACGCGUGGCGGCGUGGUUGUACGAUUGA